AUGAUAUUACAAGACACACUAGGAGAAGCUCCGGGGCCGGAUUUCAAAAGUGCAGAUUCUCAUGUACUACAGUCGCUCACGCGAUGGACCUCCAGUAUAGAAACAUCCUCCCUGAAGUCUAGUAUCAGACCUGCGAGUACUACGGCAACGAACACGCCUUCGAACUGUAAUAUAAUAGAUCAAACAACAACUCCCUCAAGCGUUGAUAUUAUCGUGCCAACACAUACUAAACGAUGUAUAUCUCGUACGCACGAUAUCUCGUGCAAAAAUGGCAAGACUUUCGAUAUCGCUGCACUGAUAGCUUCGGACUCAAUAUUCGAUAAGUUAUCAUGUGAUACAAGUUCAGCAGAUUGUAAUUCUACUGCCACCACUCGCACAAUAAACGCUGACGAUUCCGCAAAACAUGACAUUAGUAGUCGAUCUACUGCCGAAUACGCUUCACUAUCGGCUGAUAAGAAUAGCGAGUGCGAUGACAACCAACGUGAUAAACUUUCGACCUUGUUCUCCUCCAUGCCGAAACUCGGCCAGAAGAUACGGUAUCGAACUCGAAAGUGCAACAUGAAACUUACCCAAUUACAAAAUGAAUUAUCGCGUAAUGCUACGAAGUCGCUUAUGGGCUCUGAUAACUCGUGUGGAUCAACACCUGACAGGGACGACAUGAAAACAGCAGAGAUUCCCCAAAGACCGGAGGAUGACUCCCAGCCCACAAAGGUCGACUCAAAAAUGUUACAACGGCCCUCCGUUCGCCGCAACAGUAUUCAUGUAGACAAUACACCGACUUUCUUCAACAGUACAGCAGUUCGUGCAAGCUUGCGUCGCGGCUCAGCACCACAAGUCUCUGCCAACGAAACAAUAGAUAGCGGCAGUAAUUUCUAUCUCAUGUCGUCUCCAAGAAGUAACUUAUUACAAGCUAUAUCUUCGCUGCCAGACAUUGAGGGUAAUCAAAACAUAGAGUUAAUGGGUAGCAACUGUGGCAUAUUAGAUGUGCGUUGUAUAGGCUGGGAAAGCCCUCACCGGGAAAAGAUCGCCUCCACAUGUGAAGUCGAUGGCACGUCUACUGAAGAUGAUUGGGUGUUUUCCAUGACAGCACGUUCAGACCCGGCAAUUACUGCUUCUACUCAAUUACGUACUCAAAGUGCAAAAGACUAUUCGACGCCGAAGAAAUCAUCAUCUACCGUUGCCGCUUUGCGGAACUUGCUGCCAGUAUUCAAUGGCCGACGACAUUCAGACCGGAAAUCGUGCGAAAAUGAAAGCGACACUUUGCACGAAUCUUUGCGCUCCUGUAUGAAACCAAAAUCUAACCGGGUUGUUAUAUCGGAAAGAGUAACCAUCACAUCAACAUUCAGUGCGUGCACAUACGACCGGUCCACGGUGGCGCGGCCCCGCCUGUCCCGUUUUGAGCAUAUGACAUUAUACAAAGAGCUUAUGGAGUACAAAAUUAAUGAGAUGCCUGUGCAUUUCGAAUCCCUCCAUUUGACGAAUAUGCAUCGGUUACGGGGUGGAGGAGUUGGGCACGAGAUCAUGUGCGAAAUAGUCAAUAGCAUCAUGCGACGCAACACCCAAUAA